AUGCGCGCGAGAGGCGGAAGAAGCGCAGUGGCGGGGCGAAACAUCGUGGCAUAUGGGGUUGGGAGGGGGGAAGCGGAGAAUAGAGGAGGGGAAGGGGGACGGAUAGGAGGGAUGGGUGACGAGGAGAGUGAGAGCGAGGGUGAGGGCGAGAGGGAGUGGUGGGAGGAGGAAUUCAGUGACUCUGCAGAGGGGGAGAAAUGGGCGCACGAGAGCGCAGGAGAGGGGGGAAACGACGCGCAAUCGGGGGAGGAGCAGGCGGGCGCGGAAGAGGCGCGGCGGGUGGCGGUGGUGGCGUACCUGGAGGGGGAGGGCGUGGCGGCGGAGCUGCUGGAGGGCGUCGCGCUGCCGCUCGACGUGCGUGUCGUACGCGAGCGCGUGCAAUUCCUGCGCGCUCUCCGCCUCGACGUCGCGGAGGUGGUGGGGCGGUAUCCUCCGGUGCUGUGCGGGAGCAUAGCGCGCAACUACGUGCCGGUGCUGGCGCACCUGGAGAGCAUCCCCAUCGCGCGCGCACACCUGCCCGCGCUGCUCACGGCGUACCCGCGCGUGCUCUUCUCCUCCGUGCGCAUCGACCUGCAGCCCGUGCUGCACUACCUCACAGGCCUCGGCGUGCCGCCCGCCGCGCUGCCCUCCGUGCUGACGCGCUGCCCGCACCUGCUGGGGCUGCGGCCCGAGGGCAGCAUGAGCACGAGCGUGGCGUACCUGGUGGGCGUGGGCGUGGAUCCCAAGGCCGUGGGCGCCAUGGUCGUGCAGCUGCCGCACCUGCUCACCAUGCGCGCCGCAACCACCAUCCGCCCCAAGGUCGAGCUGCUCUCACACGCCCUCGCACUGCCGCUCCCCCAGGUGGCAACGCUGCUGCAGGCGCGGCCACACCUCCUCGCACUGGACCUGCAUGCCCAGCUGCACCCCGCCCUCGCCGCCCUGCGUGCUGACGGGCUCACGGUCCCGCACAUGCGCGCCGCUGUCACCGCCUUCCCACACCUCCUCGCCCUGCCGCUGUCUGACCUCCUGCCGCCCACCAUCCAGUGGCUCUCCUCUCACGCGCACGUGCCGCCCGCGGCCGUGGCGGGCGUGCUGGCAGGGCUGCCACAGCUGGUGGUGGCGGACAGGCGGCAAGCAGAGGGGAAGCUGCAGCGGCUGCGGGAGAGAGGGUUCUCCCAGCAGCAGGUGGACAGCGCUGCUGGUGGGAUGCCCCCAGAGGAGGUGCUGGAGGAGAGGCUGGGAGCGGCGCAGGCUGCCGGGGUAAGAGGGCCGCUGGAGUGGCUGCUGGACUGCCCUCCAGAGACCUUCCAUGAGCGCUUGAGGACCGAGUUUGUCGUGCUGCCACCUCCUGUGGAGGUGGUCAUACAGGAGAGAGAAUGA